AUGUGUCACAAGUACGACAGGAAAGUCCGUAGGACCGAGCCAAGAAGUGAGGAUAUUUACUUGAGAUUGCGCACCAAUUCAAACUUCAACAAGGUGGUUUCAAAAAGGCUGUUCAUGAGUAGGACUAAUCGUCGUCCUCUGUCUGUUUCUAAGCUGCUUCGCAAGAUGAAGAAACCUGGACGUGAUAACAAGAUUGCUGUUGUUGUUGGAACCAUCACUGACGACAUUCACAUCCACUCGCUACCCAAGCUCAAGAUGUGUGCUCUGAAAAUCACCGACUGUGCUGGUGGCCGCAUCCUGAAGGCUGGAGGAAAGAUUCUAACCUUUGAUCAGCUGGCAAUCUCUCCCGGUGUGCCACACAGCCACACUAAGCCAAUUGUACGCUCCAAAUGCCAUACAUUUGAACGUGCUCGUGGUCAUAGAAAGAGCAGAUGA